GGGCCACAGCCCCACUUGGUCAGUGGCAAGUACUGGCUCCACUCCAGCCAGAGCCAGGCUGUCACCUCCACUGCUGCACCCUUGCCCGGCACAGGAACCAGAGGCGCCGCCAUGCAGCUCCGCCUGCUCCUCUGCCUGGUGCUCUUCAGCCCGCAGGGCUCCGGUCUCCACCACCAGCACUCCUGGCGGACCAAGAAGAGGGUCAGGGAGCUGCCACCCACUGCCACAGCCACGGCCACGGCCACCACCACGGCCACGGCCACCCCCACCACAGCCACCCCCACCACGGCCACCCCUGCUCACAGGAACUUCACCUUCGACCUCUUCAGGGCUUUGGUGGCCGCCAACCCCAACCAGAACAUCUUCUUCUCUCCCCUGAGCAUCUCCAUGCCGCUGGCCAUGAUCUCCCUGGGGGCGCGGGGCAGCACGAAGGCGCAGAUCCUGGAGGGGCUGGGCCUCAGCGCCCAGGGGGUUCCCGAGGAGGACGAACUCCACCAGGGCUUCCACCGGCUGCUGCGGGAGCUGCGCCGGCCCCGGGAGGACCUGCAGCUGAGCCUGGGCAACACGCUGUUCGUCAGGCCCGCGGUGCCCGUCCGGGACGCCUUCCUGGGCGCCAUGAGGACGCUGUACCUGGCAGACGCUGUCCCCACCAACUUCGAGGACCCUGAGGCGGCCCAAAAGCAGAUCAACGAUUACGUGGCAAAGGAAACGAAAGGCAAGAUCGUGGACCUGGUGAAGGACUUGGACAGCUCCGAGGUCAUGGUCAUGGUGAGCUACAUCUUCUUUAAAGCCAAGUGGGAGACUCGCUUUGACCCCCAAAGCACCAGCAAGCAGGACUUCCACGUGACCGCGGAGACAGUGGUGCAGGUGCCCAUGAUGAAGCGCGAGGACGAGUAUGACUACCUCCUGGACCGGAGGCUCUACUGCAGGGUGGUGGGGCUCCGCUACCAGGGCAAUGCCACGGCCCUCUUCAUUCUCCCCAGCGAGGGCAGGAUGCAGAAGGCGGAGGCCGGCCUGGACCAGGAGACCCUGACCAAGUGGCUCAAGAAGUUCACAAAGAGGAAGCUCCAGCUUUACCUUCCCAAGUUCUCCAUCGAGGGCUCCUACCAGCUGGAGAAGAUCCUCCCCACGCUGGGCAUCCGGGACCUCUUCACCUCCCACGCCGACCUAGGAGGGUUCACCAACCACUCCAACAUCCAGGUGUCUGAGAUGGUGCACAAAGCUGUGGUGGAGGUGGACGAGUCGGGGACCCAAGCGGCCGCAGCCACGGGCAUGGUGUUGGGGUUCCGGUCGGCCCGAAUGGGCUCUCAGCUGGUGGUGUUCAACAGGCCGUUCCUAAUGGCGAUCGUGAACCCUGACGGCGUCCUCUUCCUGGGCAAGGUGGCCCGGCCCGCGGGGGGGCACUUCUCCUGAGCCGCGGUCUCCCCAGUGGAGAUGCGGGCGCUCUGCAGCCAUCCGUCUGCGGAGACCUAGUGAGACGCGCAGGCUUAGUGACGAGUGAGACUUUAGCGAGUAACAGUAGCAGCACCGACCACCAGGAUGGCUUCCUCCCACACCAGGCGAGGCCAGGCACCUGGGAGAGGCCGGAGGACACAUGGUCACGCCCUCACCGCUCACCAGUGGCAAUUUGCACUGAGGCCCCGAGAGCUGGAUCGUCUUGUCCAAGCCCAG